AAAAGGCAGAGCAAAUGGUCGCCCGAGGAGGACGCCCUCAUCAUCGAGCUCCGGGGCGCUGGCAUGAAAUGGGACGACAUCUCGAAGCGUCUUCCCGGCAGGAGUUCCAUCAGCUGCCGGCUUCACUACCAAAAUUACCUCGAGAGACGCAGCGAUUGGGACGAGGAGCGCAAAGACAGGCUCGCACGGUUGUACGAGAGAUUCAAGCCCGAGAUGUGGGCCAAAGUGGCCGAGGAAAUGCAAGUCCCCUGGCGGGCCGCCGAGGCCAUGCACUGGCAGCUAGGUGAGCUGGAUAUGGCGAGGCGCGCCGGUGUGGUUCCGUUCACGCUCAGCACGCCCUCGACCGAA